CUCUGCGUGUCUUUGCGAAUUAGGCCCUGAAAUCAUCUACUUCUCUCAGACUCGCACAACUAAUCCAGAUAGUACUUUUCCGCCGUUACGUAGUACAUCAUUCCUAGGAGCUCUGAGAGCAGCGCUCCGUUGUACUAUUCAGUAAUACCACAUUUAAAGACGCAAUAAUGAAAGAGACGCCGGCACCUCUGUCAGGUCACAUCGUCUAUCUGGCGCCUAAACAGUUCCAAAAAUGCGUUGUCCCCUAUAUUGCCCGCAAGGUUGAGAACAUGGGAGGAUCCGUAGGGUCUAAACCCAAUGAAGCCACAAUCAUCCUCGUCAAUCCAUCCCAUCCCAAAUCCAAAGACGGUUCUGUCAAGCCUCUUAAAGAUCAGCUCGUCAGACCAUACCACUGGCUCACUUACUGCGCUACCCGUUCAAUACUCGUCAAGCUUGAAGAUAUGAAGUACCAGGAACCUAUUUUCACAUACCCUUCCCAAAAACAGGACUGGAGGCCAUUGAGGGCGUAUGUGUCGAGAAACCUGAAUCCUUUGAAUUUUGGUGAAGAUCGAGCGACUGCCCAGCUAAGUUGUAUGAUCCAGCUUGAGUUGGGAGGGGCUUUGGUGGUUGACAAGCGGUGUGACGCGGAUUUGAUAAUUUUGGAUUACAAUAGUGGAUUCGCAAAGACGGCCAUGGAGGAGAAGAAGCGGUUUAGGAGGUUUGAGCAAAGAUUGAGAGAUCGGGAUUGGAUGGAGAAUUGCUGGAGAACGAGAAAACUGUCCUGGGAGGAAGAUGAUAAUGAAAAGGAGCAGAAAAGUUUAGAGAAGGAGAAGAGUCCCAAGGGCGGCAAGAAAAAAAAUGCGAAAAAAAAUGAAGAUGUGAGGGUCGAUGAGGCCAGUGACGCCGGGGAAAAGGCAGAGAGAGAGGCCAGGGAAGAUUCAUUCGCCGAUGAGGAGGCGGAUCAUAUGAUGCGAAAGAAAAUCGGUAGGCCAAUUGGCAAGCCAAGAAUCGACUACACUCAUGAAGAUGAUGACUUCCUCUGUCGGUACCUUGCCGCAUAUCAUCCUGGUGGUUCAUGGGCUAGCAGGAAAACCUAUCAAAUGCUCAUGCAUAGUGGGUUCGACAUUGCUUCACGCCAUUCUUAUCAGUCAUGGCACGAACGCUUUAAGAAGAAUUCAUCCUCAUUCUCUGCAAGGGUCGAGCGCUAUAUCAAGGCCGGAAUUGCCAGAGAAACGCUCAAAACAGAAAAAGAACUGAAAAACUUUAGACGACCAAAUCAAGAAGAUGCCGCUGCAGACAGCCAGGGCGAAUCCUCUGUCUCACCGCUAAAAAGCAAUAAGCGCAAGUUGGUGUCCGAGGAUGAUCUCGAUAACGAGGAUGCCGACGACAAUGUUCCCCUCAGAAGCACGCGAACGGUGAAAAAGGCAAAGAAAGAGGGAAAGUCUCCUAUUGACCCAAAUACGAAUGUGCCUAGUGCGGUGAAGGACAAGGGCAAAGCUCGUGCCCCCACUCCUUCCCAGACUCCGUCUAUAUCCUCCACCAAGGGUUCAUCCCAGCAAUCUCAACUCGAAAUCACCAAAGUCUUCACGGAAUUCACGGAUCUCAAUCCUCGUGGAGGACCUUCAGAUACUCGCUAUUCAUCUCGUAAUCCUCAGAGCACGUCACAGUCAGAACACCGACUUUCGCUACUCUCACAAUCCCAUGCCCGCCGAAAAUCAGGAUCAGAAGAUUCAGGUCGGACACCGGAUCUUGGUGCGGCCGAUGAACCAGAACCUGCAGGGGUAUAUGAAGAUCCCCCGGUCUUUAUAGAGACAGUAGUACAGAAGUUGCCUGAUGAGGAAGAACAGCGGUUAUUGCAGACGAAGCAGCAGUUUGGAAAAGGACAAGCGGAGAAGGAUGAUAUGGCAAUGGAUGCGGAGGAAGUCAACGACCUUUUGAUCACAGCUUUGACGGAAGAUGAGGAAGAGCCUAAAAGGGGUGAGGUAGAUGGCGAGGCCAAUAAGCAAGGUGUGGCGGAAGCAAUGGUGGAGAUGACGGAAGUGGAUGUGGAGAAGUCUGAAGGAACGAGUGCUGCCAAAAGGAGCGAAGUCAGGGUGGAGAUAUCUGCGUCGCCUCGCGUGAGAGUGGGAAAACAAGCCGACGAGCCACACCAACCUACAUUCCCUCGUUCUGUCAGUCCGCCGAUGGAUAUCCAACCCGCAACUGAGCUCGUUCGCCGAAAAACCGCCAGCGAGUCUCCUGCCAAGAUGUCUGCGCAAGGUUAUUCACAAAGCGACGAGGCUGUGGACCUUCCUCAACCUGUCGAGGAGAAAGAGAGCAGCAGUGCUGAUACAGCACCUGUUCAGGCACAGCCUGCUCUUCUCAAACUAAUCCCUUCCCCUGUACAUACGGCUAUCGACAGUGACGCUGAUCACCAUACUAAUCAUACCUCGUCGACCAGCUUCCACACUCCGCAAUCCUCCAAGCAUCGCUUAGGCCGUCCUCGUCCUUCAUUACUACGGGAACAGAUUCUUGCAAGCUCUACCAAACGACGACGUACUCAAGAUCGACUAUCACUCUCUACUUCUUCCGUCGCCGGGACCGGGGCAUUUCAUAAGUCACCAGUGCAAGUGGUGGAGUACGAUACAGUAUAUGCGGACAAUGCCAUACCGCCUCGACCACCAAGGCCGUCAUUGGAUACAGCUAGUCCGAUUACCCCUAGCGUCCAAGCUGAGAAUGGUACUGCUGAACGACGCCCGGCACCUCCACCGAAACCUCUCACAUGGGAAGAACGUAGUGCAAAGGUAGCUGCGGGAGCGGACCUGGCGGCGCAUAUGAGGAAGCAGUAUAGAGAGAAAAUAGUGGACCUGUCAAACAAGUACGGAUUGACCGUUUCAGAGGUGGUUACGCGGAUCAGCAAACUGAAAGCGGGAGGCGCAAAGGGAGAACAUUAUUGGGAUGAUGUAGAGAAGGGAUUUGAGCAAGCGUUGGGCAGAAAGGUUAAUUAGCUGGUAUAAUGAUUUACAUCUUGGUGUUUAUGAUUAGUCUCUCAUAUGGAAUGAAUUUGUUGACAUGUCUCC